AUGUCGCCUAUGAAUAAUCCCUUCUCUGGUGGCAAAGGACCUAUCUUUGUAACCAAUGCGGAUGGUGACAAGGGCUUUGCCAUUGCACAACACAUGCUACAAUUUACCAAAAAGUACCAGCACAUCCCGCGUUAUCCAAUUUAUGCAGGCUUGCCUGAUGCAUCGACUGCCCGUGCACAAAGUCUUCAAGAACAAGGCGCCACUGUACGUGCAUUUGACAUUUUCAAUGAUCACAAGGCUGCUGUCGAUGCUUUACGUGAUGUUGCCAAGCUAUGUUUGGUGGUCGAUCCUUUAAGUGAACGCAUCAGCCGUGCGAAUGCCUUUGCCUAUGCCAAAGCGUUUAUUGAUGCUGCUCAUGAAGCCAAUGUACAUCAUAUUAUCUUUUUGACACCCUUUUCACCCUUGGAUCCGGUGACACCUCCAGCAUCUCCUAGCACCACAGCCGAUCCAUCACAAUGCGCCAGCCUCAGUGAUCCAACCACCUACCGCAGCCAAUACAUGUUGAUUGAAAGUUACCUUCGCACACGCUUUGACAACACGACCAUUGUGCGCUAUCCAGGCAUCUUGUAUCAACAUUUACGUGUCUUCCGCAAGUACAUUUCCGAGCACAAUGCAUUCCCACUCCCAAUCGAGCACCUCGAGUUUGCUGUUGAAUCAUCAAGUCUUUUGGAUAUCGCUCAUGCGGCUGCAUGCAUUGCACACUCGCCUACUUUACGACACAGCGCCAGUGUUUACAAGUUGACGGGUCCACAAUUGUUGACCUUGGAAGAAGUAUCAGCACGCGUGAUGACCGGUUUACAUCGCGACGAUGGUUGUGUGAAGCAUGUGGAUUUGGAUGUCUUGUCACAAAUCUUGUACGAAUCCAUUGGCAACCGUGAACAUGUCGCCUUCUUGUUGGAGGUGUGGGGAUUGCAACAAUUACAAAAAAUUGGUCGUCGAUUUGAAAUCACUCGGGAUCUUGAAGCAUUGACGGGACAAAGCGGGAAAACUCUGAACGAGUUUUUCGAAGACGACCAUGUCCAAGACACUUUCCGCUCUCCCAUGCCCGCUCCCUUUGUUGCCUAA